AUGCGUUUGGCAACGCCAUUCCCUCACACCCCCAACUUUUUCUCGUCCCUCCUUUGGAUUUUUCCUUUGUAUUUCCCAUUGUCACUCAGCAAGCCGUCCCAAGUCUCUUUGUUCUUUCUCUCCAACGAUACCCAGUUGCAGGUGAUCGAUCUGUCUAUAUUUAUUUCCUCGCAAGUUUGGACGGCAGAAGGAACCAUUUCGGCGUCUUUCUAUAGCAUAUAUAGCUUUGACAAGCAUAAUUGGAUAUUCAACGAAAAAAUAUCUCUCCCUGACGGAGACUUGUUCGGUCUCUGCUGUUUCCGCAUGCCGUAG